AUGGGGGCCACUUCUGGUUUAGUCUUGCCCUCCGAAGCCUCAACACGGAUCACUCCAUCCUUCCACCAAAUAUGAAUUGCCUGUACACUGAACUGGGCCCUGUAUUUAGUGAGAGGACCCAAGGAUGACUGGAGAAGGUUCUGUUCAUUAGGAUUUUCAGUCUAGCAAGAGACACACACUUAAGCUGAUAAAUUACAAGAGUUUAAAGGAUUUACUGGAGGACCCAUCCAUCCAUCUCUCCAUCCAUCCAAUUAUUCUUUCAUUUCUUAAAUGAUGCCUACACUCUGUUAAGUGCUGAUUACUAAGAAGAAUAAGACAGAUUCUUGCCUUCAAAGGGCCUUUUGGUCCAUUAGGUUCCACACGUCUAGAGUCCAGGCACACACACACACACACACAAAACCCUUCUUUCAACACACACACACACACACACACACACACACACACACACACACACAUUUCAUUAAACACACACACAAAGAAAAUAAAUCAUAGGGGGACACCCAUAACAUAAACAUAAAAUCGGAAUAAUCUGUGAAAGGAACGAGACAUAAAAGAAUACAAAUUGUAAAAUUCCACACCAGCUGGGAUGGGAAUUCGUUAGAAAUGCAAAUUAUCAGGCCCCGCCCCAUAUGUCUCUUUUAACAAGCUUUCAGGAGAUUCCCAUGCACACUAAAGUGUGAGAACCAUUGGAAAGUACACAAAAAGGUAAAACUAAUCCUUGCUGUCAGAAAUUAUGGUAACAUUACCCUCAGGAGAGUAGUGACAGGCCAGGAGCACUUCCUGGAUGCUGGUAACACUCUUGCUUUAUCUGGGUGCUGGGUACAUAAGUGCAUUCAGUGUGGGAGAAUUCAGCAAGGCAUGUAUUUAUGAUAUGUGAGUUUUUCUGUGUGUAUAUUUCAAAACAAAAUUUUAAAAAGGGAACAGCUCUGGUUGAAGCCCUGGGAGGGACAGGAAGAGAGAGGGUUUAGGAGCCCUUCUAUGGCUCUGCCUUGAUCCCAUAUACAGUCCUUAAGGGGUUUCCAAGGGAACCUAAAGUUCCUUAAAGUAUAGCUUGAAAUCAAUCAUUGAUCUGUCCCAAUAGAGAGUCGGUGACUUGUCCAAAGUCUCACAGAGCCAGCACCAGAACCCAGAUCUCCUGACUCCCCGGCCAGGGUUCUGGACACUGUUCCUUUGCUACAAGGCCAGUGUCAUGAGUGAGGAUGGCGAGGGGGAACAGCUCCCCAGCCUCUGUCCAAUCCCCACCCCUUAACUUGGGUCUUGGGAAGAAGGCCAAGACUCUAGUGUGGAUGAUGCUUUUCUCAUCCUGGAGCAACUUCCGUUCUGGGAACUGGGUGUCUCCUUCUGGGCAAAGACAAUAAAAUUCAUCCAAGGGGCUGGAGGAACAGGGCUCCUCCUGCCCCCACCCGGAUGAGCAUCACGUGGCUCCUGGGUUAGCAGGCCAGGAAAAUCCCAGCCCUUGCACACUUAGCCUCCCAUACCCCUCUAUUCACCCAGCCUGACACACUCAGAGAGACCAGACCCACCUUGAACACUCACCGUCACACAUUCCCUGGCACAGUUCCAUCACCUUCAGCUCCUGCCACCUCUCCCCAGCAAUACUGCCACCCUUUCCCAAAUUCCCAGAGCUGCAGCCUUGCCCUGUCACUCACCCCAAAUCCACCAUGUCCCUGGGGCCACUGAAAUUCCAGCCAGUAGGUGAAGAAAAUGAAGAGGAUGAGGAGGGAGAGAGCCUGGACUCCGUGAAGGCACUGACGGCCAAGCUACAGCUGCAGACACGACGGCCCUCAUAUCUGGAGUGGACAGCCCGGGUGCAGAGCCAGGCCUGGCACAGGACCCAACCCAGACCCGCACUGGGGGGCCCUGGGACCCUCUGCGGCUUCGACUCAAUGGACUCUGCCCUAGAUUGGCUCAGACAGGAGCUGCGGGAGAUGCAGGCUCAGGACCGGCAGCUGGCAGGACAGCUGCUUCGGCUGAGGGCCCAGCUGCACCGGCUGAAGGUGGACCAAGCCUGUCACCUGCACCAAGAGCUGCUGGACGAGGCCGAGCUGGACCUGGAGCUGGAGCCGGGGGCCGGCCUUGCCUUGGCCCCGCCGCUGCGGCACCUCGGCCUCACGCGCAUGAACAUCAGCGCGCGACGCUUCACCCUCUGCUGAGCCACACCUGCACCUCCUGAGACCUCCCGGGAAGGGGAAAGGAGGGGUGUCCCAGAGGUGCCAGCACCUCGCAAAGCGUGCUGGGAGGGUUGGGAGAUCACUCAGCUUUCUGGGAGCAUAAAGGCCCCUGCUGCCUUAGCUUGGGAAGGGGGAGUUGGAGGAAGGGGAGAGGCUCGCCGACCCCCAAGCUCUUCAGUAAAGACCCUCUCUGCUUCCCAUCAAGGUCUCUGCAGUCAUUUAUUCAGGCCCAAGGUCGUUGUGUGUCAUCUGUAGCUGGGACCAGGGAUUACACUGCAGGAGAGAAGGCCCUGGUGGAGAUGAACAGAGGCGCCCCCCUCUCCCCCUAGCUCCAGCUCUAUCUCCCCAUUUUACCAAGAUCAGAGCUGGAAAAGAACUUCAAAUCCUAAAUCACCCCCAUGAAGGUGACAGGUCAAUGGGCAACUGAUGAAUGCAGGACCUGGUGGACCUGGGUUGAAAAGCCAGCUCCACCAUGCAUUUUCUAUCAGAUCUGGAGGGGGGCCCCUUAAGCCUGCAACUGUUUCUUUCUCUCUAAACUGGAAAUGCUACUUCUCACUCCGCAAAUAGUUGGAGAUGUCUUAAGUGAGACAAUGCACAAUAGACACUCCAUAAACUUGAACUGUGUCUUGCUUAUCCUUGCUAUCACGCAUGGUAUUAGUACCAUUGUGCUGAGGCCCAGAGAUGGGCUGUGCAAGGCUCUGUGUCACCGGGUUCUUUUUUUUUUUUUUUUUUUACAUUGUAUCUCCUCAGCCUUUGUUUCUGUAUUACCCUCUUUGUCUGACUUUCCAACUCAGGCUUCCUCUUCCCCCCACCCAUUUCCUGUCUCCCCCUUCCCUCUGCAGCUGAGGUGCAGGCAGCAUCAGCUUCCACCUCACAAACCCCAACAAUGCUCUGUGGGCUCCCCUCCCCCAACUUGUUCACUAAGUGUAGGUCUGGUGGUGGUGACGGUGACACAGUUAUGUUUUCCUCCGGGUGGGGCCAAGGCCCCGCUCUUGUGCCUGAUAGAUGCCACCCAGGGUUCCUCAUAACACUGGUGACCUGACGCUUAGCCUAUGAUGGGUGCCACCCUCAACCUGGCCCCAAGGGAAAGGGAGAUUCUUGGCCUGUGUGCUGCUUGUGACAAGGUUCCUGUCUCCCGCCUAUAACAGAAAGUCCUGCCAGUCAGCUACCUGCACCUGGGUCCCUGGGCAGGCGUGUUUGUCUCCCACUUGUUGCAGGAGAUGGUGGCAGGCCCCACAUUUCUAACAGGGGCUGUGUCCUUGCCUCGUCCUGAAUUAGAAAUGUCGUCCUAAUUAGUGGGGGCUUGCCCUGUCCUCUGUCCACAACAGGGGCUGUGACUCUGUCGUCUUGAAAACACUGGGUUGUCCUGCCUGCUUCCUUAAACAGAUUGUUGUCCAGCAUUCUGUCUAUAAGAAGGGGGUUAUUAGCCUACCCUCUGACUC